ACUGAAGUCCCGAACGUGAGUCACAGACCUACUGGUGGCCCUGAACCUUGCAUUGGCAGCAUUCGAACUUGCAUUUCGCCACUGUUGUGGCCGUUUGGUGUCCCAUGUGGGUAAAAGGUUGGCCGCGCGAUCGUGAUGUCUCAGUUCUCUCCUCUGUCCCCAUCUCUUCUCAAUCGUUACGAUCGCGAUCUUGGGGCGCAUUUGCGGUUGGCAUUGGGCAUUAUCGAUGUGGCUAAACUUUCGUAAUGGGGAGCAGACAGGACAGACCUUCACCAUUUGUCCUGGGUAACAAACCCUCCUCCUCCUUCUCCAGUAUCUCUUCAGCGGGGUCGGCCACGUCAGCUGCGACAUCUCGAAGUGGAGGCAGCAAGCUACUGUUCGGAGAGAUUGAUCAGAGCAGCGAUAGGUCAUCCGAAAGCUUCGCUUCUGUUUGCAGCUUCGUCCUUUGCGACAGUGGGACCUUCUUGAAGUUCUGGCUCGACGACAUUUGCAGGGACCGGUUCCUCUCCUACGUCCCUCGAGCCGACCUAGCGAAUAUACGUCUUUCGUGCCAUGACUUCAGCGUGCGGGCUGCGCCCGCGCUCUUCUCGGACCUCAGCAUCACCUUCAGGACUGGCACGUUCACCAAACCGGCGACGGUCGCGGCACUGGAUAGAGUAGGCUGUUAUGUGAACAGGUUGACCUUCAAUGUCCCUCAUACACUGGAGACGUUCCUACCUCCAUUAAUUGAGCCGGAUACUGGAGAGGAACUCAGCUUCACAUACACGCCACAGAUACAGAUACCGUCAGCGACGCGGCCGAAGUACGGCGACGCAGGUACCACGGAAGUUCUGACCAGGCAAUGGCCAGCUCUAUUUCACGCGGCAACGAAUGUACCAGCUUUCGUUCGAGUCUUCUCUGCCCUGAUCAACCUGAACAGCCUACAAAUCAGCUGUCCUGGCUACGAACCUUCGAUGCGGCGCAGACGGAGUGUCGUUGACUUCGUGCUUAUAUCUCUUCGCAUCGCAGUUGAGCAAAACUGCCUCAACGCGCUCAACACUCUUGCACUAGCGCCAAUACAUCCCGGCGCCUUGUUGUACCUUCUUCCAACAGUCGGCUAUGGUGCUACACCUCGGUCGCUUAGAGCAUGGUCGCGCAUCCGGCACCUUCGAACAGCUGUGGAAGCUACAGCAGCGUCUGGUCAAGCGGUGCUGGCGGACGACAGGAAUCUUCUGCAAGCAUAUAUUGCGCACUUUCAGGCUAAUCUUGAAAGCAUCGACUUCCUUUGGCACGGCCAGAAGGGCGCCUGGCCUUUUCCACACGCCUUAGUACCUAAUUCAGAUACGCAUCCAGCCCUGAGAAUGGCCCCAGCGGUCAAUCUACCGACGCACUCGUCCUCCAAACCUGCGAGACCGCUGUACUUUCAGCAACUGAGAAACAUCAAAGUGGCAAAUACCACCGCCUCGGCCUCCGAUAUUCAAUCGUUCGUUGAGACGCACCGAUGUACUCUCGAGGAUGUCGAUCUCGAAGACGUCGAGCUUGGAGGCGGAACUUGGGAUGACGCCCUUGCUCCAUUGACGCGACAGGAUAGACACCGGACAAACUACGCCGAUAUUCCGAUCAUGCUUUCGCCUACUGCUGCGAUGCCUACCAUCCCAGCGUUGGCCGACAGUACUGGCUCGGUUACAAUGCCUGAGGACAGGCGGAGCUCACGCGUCCCCGGGUGGCUGUCUUCAAGGCGAAGCAAGCCGCUAGCGGUUCGUAAAGUCAGAGAAGGCCUGCACGGCUGUGAAGAGGGGCUGAAGAAGAUGCUUGCCGGCGUCCUGCCUUGGAAGUAGAUGAGUGCUCUUCUUUGCUUCCAUAUCACAUGAGAUGUUCACGGCAGUUACGUAGCUACGCACGAUUGAUGACGGCACGAUGUAUAUACGUGACACGAAGCUACAACGCGACCAGUCGGUGUAACGUCUGUGGAAAUGCUGCGGUCUUCUCUCCGUCUCAAUGGCAUCUCGGCAUGUUAUAACCGUUUAUUGGGCCCUGCGUGACCAAUGGCGGCCAUGUGGGACCGGAAUCCUGCCAACUU